AUCUUGUACUGAAUCGACGAAGUCGUGUUUGCAAACGUAAUUUGUAUAAGUAAUUCGACCACAAUGUCGGACGAAAAACCUGGAACGUCAUCAGAAGGGGGAUCUGCAUCUACAAAGACAGACCAGCCUUUGAGUUCAGGUUCUGCGAUGGCUUUGAAGACUUGGGAAAUGCAAAACAGUAUGGAAAUUGUUCACUCAGUCGAUGAAAUCUACAAAUACGAGCUGAAACAGCAGCAAGAGAUGUUGAAUGCGAAACCAUGGACAAAGGAUCCGCAUUAUUUUAAAACCAGUAAAAUAUCUGCACUGGCUUUACUGAAGAUGGUCAUGCAUGCUAGGUCUGGCAAGAAUUUGGAGGUUAUGGGUCUGAUGCUCGGAAAGAUAGAUGGCCCAAACAUGCUUGUGAUGGAUUGUUUCGCACUUCCUGUUGAGGGCACAGAGACUCGGGUCAACGCACAAGCCGCUGCGUACGAAUACAUGACAGCCUAUGUUGAUAAUGCUAAACAGGUUGGCAGACUGGAGAACGUGAUCGGUUGGUAUCAUAGCCAUCCAGGUUAUGGUUGCUGGCUCUCUGGUAUUGAUGUUGAUACCCAGAUGUUAAAUCAACAAUUCCAAGAACCAUUUGUAGCGAUAGUUAUUGAUCCAACACGGACUAUCAGUGCUGGAAAAGUUAAUAUUGGAGCGUUCAGGACAUACCCCAAGGGUUACAAACCACCAGAUGAAGGCCCUGAUGAAUAUCAAACAAUUCCUCUCAGUAAGAUUGAAGAUUUUGGAGUUCAUUGCAGGCAAUACUACUCUCUCGAGAUUACAUAUUUUAAAUCGUCAUUGGACAAAAGAUUGCUGGAAAGUUUGUGGAAUAAAUACUGGGUUUCUACGCUGAGUAGCUCAAGUUUGAUUACAAACAGGGAAUACAUGACUGGGCAAAUCUUUGAUUUAUCGGAGAAGUUGGAACAGGCGGAAACGCAGUUGUCACGCUCCAGUAGUUCUAUUUACUCUUUUGAUACGCAUGACCGAAGAACAGAAGAUAAACUUGCAAAAGCUGCAAAAGACAGCAAAAAAUUAACUGUGGAAGCAAUUCACGGACUGAUGUCACAAGUAAUAAAGCACCAAUUGUUUAAUCAACCGAAACCAACACUAGAGGCAGCAGAGACAUGAAGCAGCAGUUUUUGAAUCUUGUAAUAAUAACUCUGAGAGUUCGUAUUAUGGCCGCAUCAUGGUUCGGCUUGCGAGAGAGACCUCUCAUACCAGAGCUCUAUUUUAUAUUAUAUAUUUCUACUUGGUACUCGCGUAGUAUGUAUACCAGGUUCGAGCUAGG